UUCUUCGCUGUCUUUCUCUCCUGCUUCGUGAAAAUAAAGCAUAUUUAGAAGUUUGUGUGUUUUGCAGGCGGUCUUUGCUCGCAUCGGUCGCAUGUGUCGUCUGCGCGAAACACAGGAACAUCACGUGGACAAAGCAUUUCCUGACUGCUGGCGCAGACUGGCCCCUGAGGUGCUUGUUGCGAACACCUACAGUCGUGCAAGUGAUGUGUUCACAUUCGCAACAAUGGUGUGGGAGGUCUUUAAUGCCAGAGACAUAAGUACAAUCAAGCCCAAUGCAAGGAUCGAGGACUUUGAGCCGUGUGCUGAUAUCUCCAGAGACAGCGUGCUAAGUUUUGUCAGAGAGAAUACGGAGCUACCCAAACCCGAACUCUGUCCACACUGGCUCCAUAGUUUGGUUCUGGAUUGUCGUCACUCCAUUCCCAGCAAGAGGCCAACAGCCGCGGACAUUCUGAACAUUCUGCGCCAACAUCUGUCUGGUGCAUCACCACCCAAACCUUUCAUUAUCAAGUACCUGUGCGAUCCAGCUCCUGAGAACAGAUCAUCAGAGGAGACAACUGAAAAAUUCGAGGCAGACACAUGUGCGCAAAAAAGUUGGAACCAUCUUAGGUAGCAUAAGAAAACAUUUCGCAACCAGAAAAGAUCUUAAGUCAGAGAAUUUGGACGAAAGACAUCCUACUAAUAAAAAAUUUACAAAGUCUAAGAGAUGGAAGAGUACAAACCAUAACCAGCGGGAGGUAAAGGUUCCCCUGAUGGUACAUUUCCAUGAGGGAAACGCUCCUCAGAGGGAGAAAGACACGAAGUCCACCAUCUUGAAUGGUAUGGACAGGAGAAGAGAUUUCUGCGUUCACGACAGUGCAAGUCAAAAUGUCAUCUUGGGAAGCAGGUUAAAAACAGAGAGAGAAGAUGUGAACAGUGAGCUGCCACAAGGUGAAGUAUGUGAGGACAGUGACUACGCCGUCAUCCCACCAAUAUGUGUUAAUGAUGACGAUAUCAACAUUGAAGUAAACGGUUGCUCCUUAGUUUAUCAGCUUCAGAAGCCAUGCAGCGACGUAUUCAAUAACAUGAAUGAGACCAGCCUCCACUUGAUAGCUUCCAAUGAACAGGACAACAUCCACGAAGAAGACAACGGCUGCUCCUCAGUCAAUGAGUUUGAGCAGUCACGCAAUGAAACAUUUGAGGACAAGGAUGAAAACAUCCCCAAAGGCAUACACUCUAGCUCAGAAACAGAAAAUUAUUACUCUUCUCUUUGUCUACCCGAGGUUGGCCAGGGUCACGAGUAUGAUUACAUUGUGUCACGCAGCUCCUCCUUUCGCCAAAUAAAUGUUCUCUCACCUACACUAGACGAUGAAAUGGAGCAUCAAAUGUCACUGUUAGAACAUGAAGAAUCGUCUAUUUCCAUAUCAGAAAACAAAAAUCGAGUG